AUGACAUUUCGUAGAUAAACAUCGAAAGAGACAGACGUUUGUUUAAAGACGUAUUUAAAUAAAAAUAAAAAUAUUUUUUAGAUUAAUUAUACCUCCAAAGUGAAGUGAUAAGCUGCACUAAUCUGUGAUUAGUUUUAUCUUAUCGGUGUUAUUAAAUUUAUAGCAUUCAAUUUGUUUUAAAUAGACGUGUACUUCAACAGGUCUGUCUUGUGUAAUAGCAUUCGCGUGUGCAAGAUAUAGUGUUGUUUCUGUGGUGAUUUUGAUGUGUUAAACCUAAUAAUGAACUUAUCUUUUGCUGGUUGUGGAUUCCUCGGGAUCUAUCACGUCGGUGUAGCCGUUUGUUUUAAAAAAUAUGCACCACAUCUACUGUUAGGGAAAAUUUCGGGGGCUUCUUUUGGCGCCUUAUCUGCGUGUUGUUUACUAUGCGAUCUACCAAUUGGUGAACUCACAAGUGAUGUCUUACGGGUGGUCGGUGAAGCGAGGGCAGGUUCCCUCGGUCCUUUUAGUCCCUCGUUCAGCAUCCAGAAUGUGCUCCUCGAGGGUAUGGACAAGUACCUGCCGCAGGACGUGCACAAACUUGUCAGCGGCAAGCUACACAUCUCUCUCACGAGGGUGUAUGACGGUCAGAAUGUGAUUGUGUCAGAUUUCCCCACCAGGGAGGAUUUGAUGCAGGCCCUGUUGGCGUCAUGCUUCGUACCAGUAUUCUCGGGGAUGCUUCCGCCCCGCUUCCACGGCAUCCGCUACAUGGACGGCGGCUUCAGCGACAACCUCCCGGUCCUGGAUGAAAACACCAUCACUGUUAGUCCUUUCUGCGGGGAGAGUGACAUCUGCCCCAGGGAUCUGAGUUCCCAGCUGUUCCACGUCAACGUGGCCAACACCAGCAUCGAGCUAUCGAAGCAGAACAUCAACCGUUUCGCGCGCAUAUUGUUCCCGCCGAAGCCCGAGGUCCUCAGUAACAUGUGCAAGCAGGGCUUCGACGACGCCCUGCGGUUUUUGCACAGGAACAACAUGAUAUCGUGCACCAGGUGCCUGGCCGUCCAGACCACCUUCCAGCUGCAAGAUGUGUUGGAUGAUAAGACCUUCGAUUACGACCCAGACUGCGAGGAGUGCAAGACGCAUAGACAGGACGCGUUAGUGGACGACCUCCCCGACACAGUAAUGACCAUAUUCCAAAACGCGAUCGACUCGGCCAACUCGGGCCUGGUCAACUGGAUGAUGAGACGGCGCGCAGUGCGGUACCUGUCAGUGCUGACGCUGCCUUACAGAGUGCCCAUCGACGUCAUGUAUGCUACAUUCACCAAGUUCGUAACAUGCACUCCAAAGAUGAGCAAGUCACUCUGGAAGCUGAGUUUGACACUGGUGACUCAACUGCACGGCUUCUUGUACUCCGCCCAUGACAAGUCCGAGGCGGCAGCCAAGAUAUACUACAAGCUGGCCAUGGACUCCAAGAAGGAGCCGAACGAUUACCAACUUGAUCGCAGACGGGCCAGCGAACUUCGCAUCACAUACAGCGACCGCGUGCCCAACGACGAAUCCGACACAUUCGACCACAUCCUCAAUGUGACCACGCAGCACGACGCCCUGCUCGCCUAUUACUACUUGGACAGCGAGAACAAGAUGAAAAUGACAGAGAUAUACGACGUGACAGAGGACGACACGGACGCGGUACAGUCGCCAACAGAACGCGACGUCAACAAACAAUUGGAGUUCGACAACGAUUGGUCCGCUGAAUUGUUGGCUCAAGAUGACGACUUGGACCUCGACGACGAACUCGAAGACCGCAACAUAUUCUCCGACCCAGAGAGCGAAUGGACCGGCCGCCGCCGUUCAGUUUCCAACAGCUCGGAAAGCGACGCCGAACAACCCGAGUCCGAUCAGAGGCUUUUAGAGCAAAUCGACUGCGAGCGGCUGGCGAAGACAGUGAACAAGCGAGCGGUGAUCCUCACCAACUUUAUGCUCACUAAUGUGAUCGAAGCCAUCUCACAGAUGCUGGCUGAGACCACUUUACUGACCACUCUACUGAUAGAGGGUCUACCGAUGAAGAUUCCGUAUAUCAACCCGUUGUGUGAGGCACUACUUACCAACAAUUCCCUUCAACAUCUGUAUCUCCCGCGUUGUCUGCUCGGCGACGUGGGCUGCUUGGCUGUCUGCAAGGCGGUCAGGUGUCUCCCUAACAUCUUGACCCUGGAUUUAUCUGGCUGCGAUCUGACGGCGGUUGGAGCUGGAUACGUGGCCGACUUGGUCAAGUAUCAGAAGAUCCACCGGUACAGCGAGAACUGGACGCACACGCUGCGGUACCGGAUGCCGGAACUGGACGCGAUGGCGGGCCUGCGUCGGAUCACGCUCUGCAACAACCCACAGCUCGGCGAUUUGGGGGUCAGCAAACUGCUCGAAGUCAUGUCUGAUGACUUGUGGAUUAAGGCUCUGGACUUGCAGGGCUGCGGACUCAGGGAGCAAACAGCGAACGACGUGCUGGAAAUGAUGAGGUCGAACACAACUCUAGUCGUGUUGGACUUGAGGCACAACCCCGACAUUUCUAACGAGUCGCUCAGCAAAGUUCGCGCCGCGUUGAGGGAGAAUGAGCGAAGAUCUAGUGGUCAAUAUUCAUGGCUUGGCAACAUAAGUGGGUGUUCUGGUGAUGGGAGAUCGGUGAAAUCAGUCACUAAUAAAAAUGGCAUCAUCAAGGAACGAACACGAGUACAGUCGUUAAGUAGAAAUACGGUCAAUAAAUUACAUAAAACCACUACUAAUGUAAAGAAAGAUAAAGAUUAUAUGGAAGAAUUGGAAGAACAACUGCAAGAUGAGAUUUCACAUCGACAGCAACUGGAAGAACUGAAUCUACAGCUCGUGGCACAAAUGAAGCAGCUCAAACAACAACAGAUACGGCUGUGGGACAAUGCUGCCACGUCUUCAGGUUCAGAGCAAUCAGUCCAGGCUAGUUCGUGUUCCGGUGAUCUCUCCAGCAGUUCCCGCUCGUCCAGCUCGGUGCCCAUCGACCAGAACACGCUCUCCUACAUACAGCAGGCCUUCAAGGAUAUCUACGCGUUCAUCAAGAACAACCAGUGCGAUGGCCAAUGCAUGCACGAAGCGAGGAGGAAAGACUUAGCCGAAGAACCACCGAUAAUAGAAGAGGUGACUGAGAUGGUGGAAAUGGAGAAUGAAGACGCCACCGAGCUCCACAUCAAUAUUGUGCCGAAGAAGGCGCAGAGCUCGCAUCUCAAGAUAACGGAGAAAGUCAAGGUGAAAAAGAUGACAAAGAGCGCGCACAUACUGGGGAGCACCCCGAGGACGGAGACGAAACCUGAAAUGAUUGAGAGGCAAAUGGGAGACACGAAGAAUACACACGGUGACUGCGAACAGCGCACCGCGGAGGAGAUGGUAGCUGCGCAGCUCAAAUUGAAGAAGAAUAGCAUCUACUCGAGCAGCAGCAGCGCCGUCAGUGACUCCAGCGACACGCUGGUGUGCUCGCCGCAUGUCACAGUGCGGACACUGGACACCGCUUCUAUGCACGCGCUCAACCCGAGAGACGCGUUCUAUUCGUCAGACGAUGAGGAUUGAUUUGAAA